CAUCUUUUAGAUGUUUGGCUGUGGUGGAACUGCAGUGGUGCAAUGUCAGUGGGGAGAGGGGUGUGUGUGUUUGCAAUGCCCUCCAGGCCAGGAGCCAUCCAAGCCUUGUGGGCAGAUCCAGAGUCCAGCUGAAGAAGUGAAAUGUCAGUCGUGCCAACCUGGAAGCUUUUCAGAUGCAGUCGACUCUGAGCUUUGCCGUACACACACAUCCUGUGAGAUCCUGGGCAGAACUGUGGAGACCUCUGGCACUCAGACCUCAGAUACUGUCUGUGGAGACUGUCUUCCUGGAUUUCUCUCUCCAGAUGAGGGAAGUCCCUGCUUGAAAAAGUUGCUUGUCAGAAAGGUUCGCACAGUAGAAAAAGGUCCCUCCAGUGGGGCAGGAGGACCUACCAACAGCACGGUGGUUCGGAGUACGGAGGAAAAGACGGCAGAGUAUGCAGUGUUUGCCCUGGUGCCCGUCUUCUGCGUUAUGGGUCUGCUGGGCAUCCUGAUCUGCAACAUCCUCAAGAAGAAGGGAUAUAACUGCACUGCUGAGAAGGAAGGAAGAGAUGAGGAGAUUGCCACCCCUCAGAAAGAAGGUAAAGACUGGCCGUACAUAUCUGAUGACCUGAAUGAAGACACAAUCAGUGUUUUGGUUCGCCUCAUUACAGAGAAGAAAGAAAAUGCUGCUGCGUUGGAGGAACUGCUACUGGAGUACGAGAGCAGACAGACGAGCAAAGGCUCAUCCAUCAAGUUCCCGAUGCUGUCUCCUUUGUCCACCAUCCGCUCCACCCCAAAGUCUUGCCCCCAUCAGUCCCACCUGCACACCAUAUCAGGCCUCUCUGGUCUGGCCCCCAAACAUGGCUACCGCUGCUCCCGUUGUGCCCAUAGAAAGUGGCCCCCUGUUCUCAUCCCUCCCCUGGAUUCUCUUAAAGACCCACUGAAGCCCCCGCAGGGUUUGAUUCUGUCCUCAUUGGACCAAACUCUCGACCAGCAGAAGAACCCCCUCCUGGGGGGGGUUAGUGUGGACACUCACCACACACAGGCUACUGUGGUGGCAAAAGCUGUUCAGAGCAAAGUGGAUAACAUUGAUGGAAGGGAGAAGAAGGAGGGAGAGGUCUUGUCUGUGGGCAGAUUUCAAGUUGCUCAAAUACCCGAGUACAGGCCUGUUACCGUAGAAACAAAGGAAUCAUCUCAGGAGCAGAGGAACUCCCUGUUUGGUGGGAAACAUUUUUCCCCCUUUUCAUCAUCUGCCUUCAAGAGAUGAAGAAAUGCAGAGAUGCUGCAUGAUCAUGCUACCUCGUGGAAGAAGACAGCAUCACCUGAUGGCAGCUGAAAUCCAAGAGUGAGAUGUUUCUUCAGAAAACUUACCCUCCACCUGCUGGCAGAGGAAGGAAUUACUUCUCAUCACUUUUGACGAUCAUAUGAGAGCUUGACCUUAAUGCAGCUUCAAGUUCCAGAUCAAAUUGACAACAGUGCUGGGAAACUAACGAGAUAAAUGCAGGAGCAGGAGCAUUAUUUCACAUUAAAUAUCAAUGAC